AGGAACCACACCCGCGGCAACGAGGCCACCCUCUUCGACGAGGCCGUUGAGUUGCUGCGGCCCUACCGCUUCGCGCUCGUGUUCGAGAACAAACUGGUGCCUGGGUACGUCACGGAGAAGAUCGUGAACGCCUUCCUGGCGGGCAGCAUCCCAAUCUACUGGGGCUCGAGCGCGGUCCUCGACGUCUUCAACGCGGACGCCUUCAUCUACGCGAACGCGAUCCAGGGAAGCGGCGACACCAGCGGGGCCGACCCGCUCGUCGGCCUCGACCGGGCCACCCGCCAGGGGCUGCGGACGGCCUUCGCGGUCUGGGCCGGAGGGAUGCUUUUCGCCAGGGCGGUGGCGCUCACGGGCGCGGAGAUGGCCCCGCGCCGCGCUUGGCGCGGCGCGGAGCGCGAGCAUUAG